CCUCGAAGGCGGAAGUGGUCUCAUCUGCGAUGAUCCAGAGAACGAGAAGACACGACAAAACCUUGUUUAUAAACGUUGAAGUACAACUGUAGCAUCAUUAAAGGCGCUGUGAUGAGUUUAGUCGCUCACAUUUGGCUUUUCUUCAUCAUUGCUGCGACUGGAGCGGAGAAGAAGAACGACGGCGACGAUGAAUGGGUUCAUCUUCCGGACAAUUGUGAAGUGUGCAAGUUUGUCAGCAUCGAGAUGAAGUCAGCGUUUGAAGAAACUGGAAAGACUAAAGAAGUCAUCGACAGAAACUAUCGAUUCAUCGACAGCAAGGGAGCGCCGCCAAUCAAAUACGUCAAGUCUGACCUGCGCUUCAUAGAGGUCGUGGAAAACGUGUGUCAGCGGCUGUUGGAGUACAACCUGCACAAAGAGAGAAGCGGCAGCAACCGAUUCGCCAAAGGCAUGUCAGAGACCUUCUCAACCCUCCACGGUCUAGUCAAUAAAGGUGUAAAUGUGGUGAUGGACAUUCCAUAUGAGUUGUGGAACGAGACGUCAGCAGAGGUGGCUGACCUCAAGAAGAGGUGUGACGUGCUGGUGGAGCAGUAUGAGGACGUGAUUGAAGACUGGUAUAAAGGCAGCCAGGAAGAAGACCUGACCACAUACUUGUGUGAAAAGCAUGUGCUCAAAGGAAAGGAUGCAGCCUGCCUGCAGGAGGCAUGGAAACCCAAGAAGAAGGGAGACCAGGCAGCCAUGGCAGAAGACAAGAAGAAGAAGAAGAAGAAGAAGAAGCAGAACAAGGCAGGAGACAGGGGAACAGACAGCCAGAAGAAGAAAAAGAAGAAGAGGAGCAAAGCCCCUGUAGACAGGACGGAGGAAGGGGGGAUGUCAGAAGAGGACAUUCAGCCUCAGGUGUCUCUGUCUGGAGUGAAGACUGAGCUGUGAGGGGAAAUAUGAAUGAACUUUCUGAGAAAUCCACAGAACUGCAGGAACUGUGUGUGUGUGUGUGUGUGUGUGUGUGUGUGUGUGUGUGUGUGUGUGUGUUUAUACUGAUUUGUGUUGCUUUGUUUGAAUGUUUGUGUGAUAUUAUGCUGUCUGAAAAUAAAAUGUUUUAAACACACUCAUGGUUUAUUUUAUUUUAAUAGUCGUCAAUUUACUUCAAUAUCCAUCAUUUUUAUUUUUGAAAUUGAUUAGCUGAGAUAGGCUCCAGCACCCCCGAACGGGACAAGCAGUAGGAAAUGGAUGGAUGGAUGGAUGGAUUUUAUUAUUCAUUAUUUUAUUGUGAUAUUCAUUAUGGUUACUAGUACAGCAUAACAAAUAAAUAAAGCAAGUAAAGUUUGUUGCUUUUAUCAGUUUUAAUAUACAACAAAACAAAUAUGUCCAAUG